AUGAGCGCUGCGUUUGAAAACAACUUCCAAGCAGCCCGGGAAAGGAAAGAGGGCCCGGAUGGCACGGAGAUUCAGGAGACUCGAUACCUGGUCACCAUCAGACUUCGGCUCCGCCUGCAUCCGACGAAGGGCGAUCCCCAGACAGACUUCAUCUCGCGAGGGACGCAGAUUGCGGUCCUGCUUCAUGAGCUUUGUCACCUGAAGCACAUGAACCACGGCAAGGACUUCAUGCUGUUUCUUCGGGACGUUUUCGCCUACGCGUACAAGCUGGGAGUCUUCGAUCCCGCGGCGAUGACGAACGAGAUCCCUUCCCCUUGGCCCUGGGAGAAUGUCAUCUUCAAGACGGCCGGCGAGGUCUCAGAUGAAGAGCUCCUGAAGAUCUUUGCGGAGCACCGCGCGGCCCAGCGGAAGGAAGCAUCUCCGGCGUCGCCAGAGAAGGAGCUCGCUGCGGCAGCCGCAGCUGCAGCCAAGGCCAGUCUCGAGACGGAAGAGAAAGACAUUGAGGCCAUCAGCACCUCCGCCUCGGAUGGCGGCGCUCCCGAGCCCCCGGCGACGCCCCCGCCACCUCCGCCCCCACCGCCUUUCGGAGCGCUCCCUUCGAUGGUCGCCAGCUUCUCUUCCAAAGGUUGUGUAGAUGAAUGCUGCUCACCAUUGCCUCCAGGCAUCUCUGAGGUGACCGAGUUGUCCUAUGGCGAGGGAGAGAGUCGACUUCCAGGAUUUGAAUCCCCUUCUCCCCGGCUGCGGCUGCCUCCUGUGAUGAG